UACUUGACAGCUGUACUUGACAGUUAACAGCGUAACAGUCGGUCGGUCAACAGCUAAAUAUCUGGAAAGAAACUUAUUCGACAUUCUCGUUAACAUUUCCUUAUAUUUAUUUAAUUUCUCUAUAACAAAUCCAACAAAUAGAAAACGCAAUGGCGACCACUAACAAAGAUGAGCCUGUCGUCCUCGCUCACCAGAGUUUCUUGAAGAAAGAUUACGCUGCAGCUCUGCAACACCUUAACGAAUUGGAAACCCUCGUUGGCAAUGGGAACAAACGCGUUCAGCAUAACAAGGCUGUAGUGGAAUUUAUGUCUAGUGAUAUGAAGAAUGUGGAUAAGCUCAAGAAAGCCGUCGGUCAGCUGACGGGGGUGACAUUUCCAGACGUCGAAAUAAGCGAUGUCUCCCAACCCUUUCUUUUGUAUAAUUACGCUGUUCUACUGUACCAUUCUCGGUAUUAUUAUCAAUGCACAGUAUUGCUUGAAAAGGUACUAGCAUCCAAAAACAUAAAGGAUACCAAAUUGCUUCAACAAGUUACUCUGUUAUUAAUGGAAGCUACUUUGUGCCGAAGGACUUAUGACAAGACUUUAGAAGUCGCUAAGACUCAUGGAGAGGCAAUCAAGUCAAAUAACGAAGUGAGCGAAUUAUUUGAAAGGUUGGUCAGCCGUGCACAGCUGUUGCUCGGCCAAAAGAUCAAAUUGAACUUGAAACCGGAUUCCAUAGAAAAUGUUUUUGUUAUAGCACAACAGCAAUACCUUAAUGGAGAAGUAAAAGAAGCUGCUAAUACUCUGGGACAGUAUAAGACUUUGAAAUACAGUUAUGAUCUAAAAUCUCAGGGUGAAGAUAUCUGGGCAGCUAUAAAUAAUAACCUUGGAGUUAUAUAUUUAUCAAUCAAAAAGCCUUUCUUAGCAUCUAAGUACUUUCAACAUGCUGUUAAAGAGCAUUUUAAGGCUAUGGAGAGUGAAGAUAGUGAGAGGCUGAUUGCAUGUAGAGACAGGCCAUUGUAUGUGUAUAAUUUGGGCCUGGCUUUAUUAGCAGCAAAUAAUUCUGAAGGUGCAUUUGAAUGUUUGGUUGAAGCUGCCCGUCAUUAUCCCAAUAAUCCUCGAAUAUGGCUCCAUCUAGCUGAAUGCUGUGUUAAAAAGUGCUGCAGUGAUGAAGCACAGCAGUUCACUGUUAAGAAACUAGGCAGUGGUCCACACACCCGCAUACUCCUCGCAAAGGAGAAUAAAGAAAAAUAUUCCUCAUCAGGAGAAUCAUUUGCUAUACCAUCCUUGUCUUUAGAAUUUGCAGCGUUAUGUCUGAGAAAUGCUGUCACUCUGUUGCCGAAUCAAGACCCACCAUCUGAUGUCAAUGCUCCCCUAAUCCAAGCCCCACCUGGCCCACCAAUUAACUGGAAGCAGCGGUGUGAACUAAAGAACUCUACUUUUGUCCUUCAAAGUUAUGUACUGUUGCACUUGCAGGAUCCUUUAGCUGCUUUGAUGAGUGCAAAUGAACUGUUAAGUCAGAGUGAUGCAUCUAACAGCCAUAAGGCGUGGGCUCAUAUAUAUGCAGCCGAGGCUCUCAUUAAUUUAGACAGGAUAACAGAUGCAGUGGAGCACUUACACCCCCCAAUGAUCCAUGACCUUGUCUCAGUAUUACCAUAUCAGAUGCGGGAUAUGAUAGCAGUGUCAGUGUGGGCUAAAGCAGCAGUUUGUCAUAUUUUAAGAGGAGACUUAGUCACAGCAAGAAAGAUUUUGUUGCAAAUAAACUCCCCAAGAGUGCUACCCUUGCAGAUGUAUUUGGAAAUCUGCACAGGAAAUAUUGAUAAUUGCCACACAAUUCUGAGGAAGCUUAGAUUUAACAGUCUAUCUCAGUAGUAUCUAAUAAAAUUUUGUAAAUCCA